AUGGCGGUCCGACUGUACCAUAUACUUGUUGUUCCAUCGAUUCGACAACCUACAGACCUUGUUUAUUCGCUGUUGGAAAGAUGUUUUGUCAAGAACUGUGGCUUUCGCAAAUGUGACACAGUGCAUAUUUUUCCAACUGUUGACCGGAAGGGCAAGUUCGAACUCAAACAAGGAGAUGGUGCAAAACGAAGUCUCAAAGAUGAAAAUAACGCGCAACGCAAAGCCACGGCAGGGAAAGAGUUCAAUUGGACGUCGUUGCUCAUCGUCGCAUUUCAGCGUGAUGCUGUGGCUUCGUCCAUUGCUGACCGGAUGAACAUACCCAAAGUCGACAAUGUUAACCCUGAUUCUGACGAUCCACCUUUGUCUACCAAUCCUGGCGUUGAGCUUGCGCUCGAGACGCAUAUUAUCAAUGAAACGAAAGCUUAUCUUGAAUCCAAUGGCGUCGUCAAGAACAUUCCGUACGGAAUGUCCGAUACUCAGAUACGGGAGCUGUUCGAACCGCAUGGAACUGUCUCCCGGGUGCUGGUGCCCCCAGUCGGUACCAUCGCGGUUGUCCGUUUUGAGAAGCCAGACGAAGCUAGCUGGGGCUUCAGAGCAGUAGCUUAUCGACGAUUAGGCAAUUCGAAAAAAGUUCCCAUCGAAAUGAAGCGGGAUCGAAAUAGAUCUGACGGGAAGUUGAGUAUGGGACAUGGCUUUAUUGGGUUCAAGGAUGUUGAUGGUGCACGGAAGGCCAUGAACAGUAUGCAGGGCUUUGUCCUCGAUGUCCACGCAUUGCAUAUCAAAUUCGGUGAUCGUGGUGCCGAUGAGGAUGUUGAUAAAGGGAAAGAUGGCGUAAGGUCGAAGAGUCGAACGACCAAGCUGAUUGUCAACAACGUGCCAUUCGAGGUGACAGAAAGAUAUUCGGGAUUUAUUUGGAAAUUUGACUCGCGAACGCGUGGAUUUACGUUCCUUGUCUUUGUGGCAAGGCAAGAAGCAGAAAAUUCCUAUGCCGCUCUCCGUCAUACAGACCUAUUAGGAUGGCAUUUAGAUUUCGAGUGUUCGGAGGAACAACAGCAGGACUUGGAGAUGCUUGGCGAAAAGGCUGGAAUAGGCUUUGGUGCUGGAAAGGAGAUGCCUGGUAAGAAGAGAAAGCUAGAUAUGAGCAUCACUGACGAGAACGAAGAGGAUGAGGAGGAAUGA